AUGUAUGGAAAAUGUGGGAGCCUAAAGCAUGCUAGACAAGUAUUUGAUAACAUUUGUGUAAAAGACUCAUUCUCAUGGGAUUUCAUGCUCAUUGCCUACACAAGAAAUGGGGAUAUUGAAAACGCCAAAAAAUUCAUUGACCAGGAAAUGCCUUAUAGGACGAAAGUUUCUUCUACGGCAAUGCUAGACAGAUAUGCCCAAAUGGGUGAAAUACACCACGCGAAGUUGAUCUUUGAUACUAUGCCAGAACCUGACAUGAUCUCAUAUUCUACAAUGUUAGUAGGUUACGUACAGGCUGGAUAUUUUAAACAGUCUAGGGAAAUGUUUCAAGAGAUGCCAUUGUGGAACCUUAUAGCUUGCACGGCAAUGGUGACAGCAUAUACCCAAUGUGGGCAUCUAGCAGGAUCAGUACAAGUAUUUGAGAACAUGCCAGAGUGGGACUUAGUUGCUUGGAACGCAAUGCUGGGAGCAUACUCAAGCCACUCACUCAUCGUAGAUGCAAAGAAGUUCUUUUCAUUAAUGGGCGAGCAUGACUUGGUAUCCUGGAACACGAUGCUAGCCGCAUAUUCCAGAACCGGGAAUCUCGAAGAUGCUAAGCUCACGUUCGAUAAGAUGCCGGAGCACAACCUCGUCACCUGGAACACUAUGCUAACUGGAUAUGCCCACCACGGGCAUAUCGAGCAAGCGAGAAACCUGUUCAGGGAAAUGCCUGCGCGGGAUUUAAUGUCCUGGAAUGCCUUUCUAGCUUCGUGCUGCAAGGCGGAGCGCUUAAAAGAGGUGGAGCUUCUAUUUCGUGAGAUGCCAGAGCGCGAUCUCGUCUCGUACAACAUACUUCUCACAUUGUAUUGUCGCAGCAAGAACUAUGGUGCUGCAAAAGAACUGUUUUCCCAGAUCGCUGUGGUCAACAUUUCGCACGAUAUAUCUUUGAUACGAUGCCAGAGAGGGAUACCACGUCGUGGAACGCGAUGGUGGCGUCGUACACGCGUGGCGGUCAUCUGGAAGCCGCAAGGGCACUGUUUCUCGAAACCCCGCUCAAAGAUCUGA